AUGUCACAAAUCCCAGGAGCAGCGGCGGCAGCGGCAGCUGCGCAAGCAUGGCUAGUCGAAAAAGGGGAACUGAUCGCUCUAUUCGGAGAGUCGAUCUUUUACGGAGCCCAUGUCAUCACAUGCGGCCUUUGUCUGCGAGAGUUGCUCCUCUCGCGGGACAUGAAAUGGAAAUUUCCGGGUAGCAUUCAUUGGACUAUGCUCUCGGGUGCCCUGUUUUUGAUCUUCCUCUCGACUUUCCAUCUUGCCCUUGGCCUCCGAUACAAUCUCAAUGCUAUCAAAGUAUACCUCGGGAUACCCGGCGCCAAUCUUGCUUUCUUCGACUUGGCUUAUUGGGAGACCAUCAUGCAAUCGGUCAUCUACGUUACGGAGACUAUCCUAGCAGAUGCCUUGUUGAUAUAUCGUGCACAUAUCGUAUGGGACAAGUCUUGGAGGAUCGUCGUUCUCCCGUUACUUCUGUGGUUUGCAACUACAGCUAUCGGUUGCACUACGUUGUGGAUGGUAGCUUCUACGCAACAUGUCGUCCCCAGUGAGGCCCAACGGCGACUGGAGCAUUGGAUGGAUGGCUUUCUCUCGAUUACCUUCACGGUGAACAUAUUAUGUACAUCACUCAUUGUCCACAAGAUAUGGAGGGUGAACACCCAAGUCGCUUCCAGCGCUCUCCAUCCUGCUCGCCUCACGCAUAUUGUUCGCGUCGUGAUUGACUCUGGCCUCAUAUACACUGCCUGUAUCAUCGCUCUCUUUGGUUCUACUCUUGCCAACAGUGCUACACAAUUCCUCUUUUCCUCCGUGCUCGUCCAGGUCAUAGGCAUAGCUUUCAAUCUGAUAAUAAUCAGGGAGGCAUUCCACUACACUUGGCCGGCUCAGCCAGAAGGCACGGUCGUCGUGGUCGGCUUGGGCAUCGCUGGCGUCAAAGCUUUCAACUACCUUCGGGGUGCGCUGCCCUCUGGUUGGCAUCUUGUGGGAAUAGAGAGGAACGAGUAUGCAUUCUUUCCAAUCCCCGCUCUGCGUGCCACAGUGGAGGCGGGGUACGAGAAACACUGCUUUGCAGAACUGGACCACCUGCCAGUGGUGGGAAGUUCGUCUGGUAAAUGUGAAGCUUCAAUUUUGCCCAAGACUGCAGUUGUGCAGCUGAAUACGCAGUCCGUCAUCUUGGAAAGAUCCAAGCCACAAAGUGAGGCAACAACCGAAGUUGCUUUCGAUUAUUGUAUUAUCGCAACCGGUGCAUCUUAUCAAUACCCAUGCCGCACGUCCGAUCCAAGCCUCAGAGCCUCCCUCUCCCAGUUCGCUCAAUUUCAGGACGCUCUUUCCAAAUCCUCAUCGGUGCUCGUUAUUGGUGGAGGGCUGGCUGGAAUUGAGUUUGCCGGAGAUGUUGCCAGUCACUUCCAGGACAAGCGAGUUGUGCUGAUAGUUUCGCGGACUCCUGAAACGAUGUUCGAAGAAGGUGUACCGGUAUCCCUGGCAAAGAAGACGUUGGAGAGUCUGCGGACGAUUGGAGUCGAGGUCCGGCUAAGCGAGAGAGUUGUCGGUGCCAGAGAUAUGGUCACUGGGCCGUGCAAAAAGUGCUCAGUGCCUCUUCAAUCUGGACAGUCCAUUGAAGGAAUCGACUUCAUAUUCGUUGCCAUAGGAAAUCAAGCCAACUCGUCCCUCAUGCAAGACUUGGCACCAGGAUCUAUCUCGGCUACGAAUGGGCUAGUGCAUGUUACUCCCACCCUUCAGCUCUCACACACGCCGAGUCCGGAAAAAUCUGUACUGCCUCUAUCAGAUAGCUCGGACGUCAGUUCUAGGAUCUUUGUGGUCGGCGAUGUGUCCGACGAGCAGAAGAGUGCACGAUCAGCUUUCAGGCAGGGCUUAUACGCUGCGCAGAGCAUCGUCAACCUCGUAUAUGGGCGGCCCGUCAAACCAUACAACCCGGCGUCUGCCCCCGUAUACCUCUUCUCAAUAGGAAGCCACUACGGUGGCGGCGCCAUUGGUCGCUGGGUAUGGAACUCUCGCAUAGCGUCGAUGUUGUACGAGUAUGGGCUACCGGCCUGGUGUAAGGGUUUCAGACAAGAGUAUAACUCGCCAUUGGUACAGGUGUGA